AGAGCUGUUCUUGCGGGCUACCGUCGUCUGCGACAGCAUCAUGAGAGCAUAGCCCGUCAGGCGGCCACGGCAGCCUUUGUCCGCGAUCUCGACGACGCCGUGGCGGCGUCUCGGGCCGCGGCUCGACUUGCCGAUCCGACCUGGGUUGACGGAGGCGGGGCGCAUGAUGAGAUGGUAUCGGAGAGCUCGCUUCGGAGGAGCCGGACGUCGGCGGUACCAGAGAUGGCGCUACGAGCCCAGCAAAGCAUAUGA